AUGGGUGAUAAUGAAAAAGAAAAGAAAGCAACCAGAAAAAGCAUUUCACUCAAACUUAAAAUGGAAGUGAUUAGAAGAUUAGAUUCUGGUGAACGUCAAACUCUAAUUAGUGCUUCAUUGAAUUUGCCAACUUCAACAAUAAGGACCAUCAUGAAGAAUAAAGAAAAAAUACUGUCAUCGGCAACUGCAACUACGUCAAGCUCUGCAACUAAAAUUACCCGUUCUAGAAAUAAUAUCAUAGAGGAAAUGGAAAAACGACUGUCUAUAUGGAUUGACGACGAAAUUGACCGCAAUAUGCCAUUAAGCCAAUCUAUCAUAAUGGAAAAAGCUAGAAGAAUUUUUUAUUACAUUCAGGCUGAGACAAUUGACAAAAGUGAAACUUUCGUUGCUAGUCGAAGAUGGUUUAAUAGAUUUAAACAUCGAAAUAACCUUCACAACAUAAAGAUUACAGGAGAAGCAGCAAGUGGUGAUACAAAAGCGGCGGCUGAAUUUCCAGCGAUAUUAAAAAAAAAAAUAAUUGAAGAAGGAAACUAUCCUCCAGAAUUGGUUUUUAAUGUUGAUGAAACAGGCUUGUUUUGGAAAAGAAUGCCGAAACGAACAUUUCUAUCCCGUGAAGAGAAACGGGCACCAGGAUUUAAAGCUGCAAAAGAUCGCUUAACCCUUCUACUAGGUGGUAACGCAAGCGGAGAUUUUAAAUUAAAACCAUUACUAAUUUACCAUUCCAAAAACCCAAGAGCGAUGAAAGGCAUAUCUAAAUCAACUUUACUUGUAAUUUGGGAGUCUAAUAAAAAAUCAUGGAUAACUGCGAAAAUUUUCCAGGAUUGGUUCACUGAACAUUUCUGCCCGUCUGUUAAACGUUAUUGCAAAAUUAAAAAACUUGAACAAAAAGCACUUCUGUUAAUUGAUAAUGCUCCAAGCCACCCAACAAAUUUAUCAGACUUAACAACAUGCAUUCCAGUCGAAGUGGUUUUCUUGCCGCCUAACACAACUGCCUUAAUUCAACCAAUGGACCAAGGCGUUAUAUCAAAUUUUAAGGCUUAUUACUUGCGGCGAACCUUUAAGCAAAUGUUUGAAAAAACAGACGGAGAAGAGAACCAGUCCAUAAGAGAAUUUUGGAAAAACUACAACAUCGUGGAUGCUGUAGAAAACAUAGGCCUUUCUUGGAAUGAGGUAACAGAAAGAUCUUUGAAAGGAGUAUGGAAGAAUAUUUGGCCGGAUUUAAGUAAGAGCGAUGACGUUGGACACUCUGUCGAUGUGGAUGAAAUAGUGGAAGAGAUAGUGAAAUUAACGAAGCAAACCGGUUUUGAAGGGGUAAAUGUGGAAGAUGUCGUAGAAAUAAUUCAAGAAGCAGCGGCUAGUCUUUCUAAUGAUGAGCUCAAGGAAUUAACUGAACAAGAAGAAAACAAAAAUGUUGAC